AUCUUCCAAAUCUAAAAAUGUCUUCAAAUUUAAGCAGCAACAAGGAAGUAGUUCAUGAAAUUUUGGACUUGUUUCGAAUUUACAAAGACGGAACUAUUGAGAGAUUGAAGGGCUACGAAAUCGUCCCACCAUCCAUCGAUCCCCACACCGGCGUCCAAUCCAAGGACGUUAUCAUCUCGCCGGAAACUGGUUUGUCCGCUCGCCUUUACUUACCAAAACCAGCCACCAACCCAUCUCAAUCCCAUGAUAAAUUGCCUCUCCUCUUCUAUUUUCACGGCGGUGGCUUUUGCAUCGAAUCCGCCUUCUCUCCACUUUACCAUAACUAUCUCAAUUCCCUGGUAUCCGCCGCCAAUAUCGUCGCCGUCUCUGUUAACUACAGAAGAUCCCCUGAACACCCUUUGCCGAUCCCCUUUGAUGACAGCUGGGCGGCAGUUAAUUGGGCCGUCGGCGGCGGAGACCAUUGGGUAAAUGACUUUGCGGAUCUCAACCGCGUUUUCUUCGCCGGUGACAGCGCCGGCGGAAACAUAGCCUACAAUUUGGGGAUGCGAGUUGGGUUGGAGGGGUUAUCCGGAUCUAAGCUGGAGGGCGUAAUUCUAGUCCAACCAUGGUUCGGAGGAGAAGAACUGAUCGGAUCGGAAGCGGAGAACCCGGAUUUCGUAUUAAUGACGAGGACGGUGUGGCGAAUCGUGUGGCCAUCAGUGACCGGGUUUGAUGACCCGAUAAUAAACCCGAAUAAGGAUCCGAAGAUAGCGGAUAUGGGAUGCGAAAGGAUGUUAGUUUGCGUGGCGGAGAAAGACCCAGUAAGGGAUAGAGGGUGUCACUACUACGAGGGGCUGAGGAGGAGCGGUUGGAAAGGAACGGCGGACAUUGUGGAGUCCGCCGGAGAGGAUCAUGUCUUCCAUUUGUUUAAUCCAACCUCCGCUAAUGCCAUUGCCCUGCUCAACAUCUUUGUUUCUUUCUUCAACUAGUUAAGUAAGAAUAUGACAUAUGGAUAAUGGAUCGAUCGAUGA